AUGAGUGCAAAACCCAUGGCUGCCGCACAAAUAACGAAAACUAAAGCGAACAGACCUGAAAGAGGAUGCUACAGAAACUGCGACGCUUCCGAACCAUCACGCUGUUUGCGGAAAUAAGAGGAUAAAGUUCAACUUUGGGUUCUGCAGCCAAAGUUUGACGUAAUUCUUCCCCGGACGCCUGGACUAUCAUCAUGGAAGUAUUUCCUUAGGAAAAACAGCUCUUCUCAUCUUAGACUUGAGGGAAAUUGGGAGAAAGUAGUAGUUGGGGGAGAACAUUUGCAACACGCGCAGCUGGUUUCCACCGCUCUCUGAUGCAGACAGCGCCAGCCUCACAAAAUACAUUCACACCCCGAAGAAAACAGAAGCGCUGCUGCCUUUUAAAUUUCCGACUUCACAAAAUCUGCAAAAAAAAAAAAAUAUAUAUAUAUAUCACGUUUCUCUCCCCGUUUGGAUUGAGCGAGUUUUGUCUCUGUUGGAAUAAAUAGGUUUUUGACUCUGGACUCUUUUGACGCUGGAUAUAACGACUCCAUGGGCGGUUUUUGACAUGGAUGGACGCAGAGGAGAUCCAAUAAAGAAGCCGUUUUUAUAAAUAAGCCUCGGUCGUUAUCAGGAAAAUGUUAUUUGGGUGAAGUCCCUGGGAACUCGUAAGGAAAGCCCAAUGAGUGGCACACAGUCAACACUCACUGACAGGACCCCCGAUAUUCUCAACAAGGACCCGACUGACAAGAAACCUAAGAAUGACAAAUCCUCCGUCUCCCUCAAGCACGAGUUUGACCCCACAGGUCUCGUCCAGCGUUGUGUAAUAAUCCAGAGAGAUGAAAAUGGUUUUGGACUGACAGUGAGUGGAGACAACCCUGUGUUUGUGCAGCUGGUCAAAGAAGAUGGAGCUGCUAUGCGAGCUGGGGUCCAGACAGGCGAUCGGAUCAUUAAGGUUAACGGGACGUUAGUUACACAUUCAAACCACAUCGAGGUGGUGAAGCUAAUCAAAUCCGGCUCCUAUGUGGCCCUGACUGUGCUGGGGAGGCCUCCAGGGCUUCCUCAGAUCCCCCUGGAGGAAGACGAGGAAGCAGCGGAGGAAGGGGCAAAGGUCAAACUGCUGUCAUCCCCCUCAGUGCCCCAGGUACCUGCUCUGACAUGCAGGGAGCAGUGCAGCCUCCAGGGGAACACCUCCCCCCAGCCUGCUGAGGAUGAGCGCAAACUCGUCCACAGCCAGAAAGUCGACAGCCUGAAGAAGAUGUUAACCAAGCAGGACCAGGAGCUACAGUGGAAGGAGGAGGAGUACGGCAGACACCCACAACCUAAACUACUGAAGGAGAUCCAGGAGAGCAAGAACCACAUUUCACAGCUGCAGGAGCAGCUCAGCAAAGCAGUAGCAGCAGUACAGGACGGAGCUGCUGUUUCCAGGAAAGCUGAGGGCAAGGACGUGGACGGUGUCGGCCCGGUGAUCCAGGCCUCGUCUUCGCAGGGUGACGCCAGUAAUGACGGGCCCCUAUGUAACAAUAACACUAUGCAUAGCAGCCCCGUCCUAGAGCUCGGAGGCAAGAGAGAGCCGCCCUGCCAGAGCCCCAGCGUUACCCGACGGGAUGGACUCCGAUUCCACACGUCUCCUGACACCGAGGACUCAACCGGCAACGACUUGAGUGCCCAUUGCAUUGUGGGUAGUCCUCCAUACCACCCCAACAAUGACAUCAUUGGAUCAGAAGAUGACGACUUUGGCUAUCAGCAGGAGCAGAUUAACGGAGAGUGCAGCUGCUUCCAGAGCAUCGACGUGCUGAAGUCGCGACCAGCUCACCUCGCAGUCUUCCUCCAUCACGUCGUAUCGCAGUUCGAUCCCGCGCCUCUGCUCUGUUAUCUCUACGCUGACAUGCACAAGCAAACCAGCUCCAAAGAAAGCCGGCGCGAGUUCCACUCGCUCUUUAUAGAUCGAGCAGCGAAUCUUAAAGUCCAAGUGCCAGAGACCAUUUCAGCUGAACUGGAGAAGCGGAGGCUGGAGUUAAUCCCAGAGGAGCUCUGCAAACAGUACACGCAGAUGUUACAGGAUUCACUUCUGCCAGACCUGAACAGGAACCUGGAAGACUUCAGACAAAAGCGAAGUAUGGGUCUCACUUUGGCUGAAGAUGAGCUGUGUAAGAUGGACACUGAGCGGGGAAAGGACCAGCAGGCUUUGGAGAAGGAAUGCUCCUGCGCUGAACACAUCCUCUCCAAGAUAGAGGACAUCCUGUUGACGUCACAGCCCUCGGAGGAGGAGAAGUGCCAAAUGAUGCAGUGUGUGAUUGUGACCUACAUGAAGCACCUCGGGGUGAAAGUGAAGGAGCCUCGAGGCCCCGAGCACAAGCGCCUGCGAAGGACUUUCCUGCCCAAGAUAAAGAAGACGAUCAAGUCUGAGAAGGAGAGUGAGGAAAAGGUCAAAAAGCCCCGGUUUCCAAACAUUCUGGUUCCUCCUCGGCGCCUGAGCAGAGUCGACUCGACUUCAGUUGGGAAGGCUGUUGAGCAGAACAAGCAGCGGUCGCCCAAGCAGCUCCCUCAGUCGGGCUCUGGCGGCGCCGCGGAGCCCGACUCUCCUGCCUCCAGUUCCGGACGAAUGCGUGGAGCCCAGCUGAGUGACGGAUCAGACACCAGUGCUUUGACCUCCACCUCCUCCCCGGCUCAGAGCUCCCCCGUCGGUCUGGCCUCAGAUACCAGUGGGCAAGACUCAGACUCCAACGUGUCUCCAUUCUCCCUUCAACCCAAACUGGGUGAGGGUCUGCUGCCUGGGGACCACCAGGACAGUGUUUUCACUCCCACCAGCACCCAGUUUGACUUCAGCCACUGCAGCCUGGAGCAGUUGCAGGAGGAAGACCCAGAGUCGUACAGGCUGGACAUGCAGUGUGGGAUGAGCGCGGCCGACUUCCACAGUGAGGACGACCAGGGCGCCGAGGUGGAGUGUGAGGAAGACCCUCUGAACUGGCAGAGCGUGGUCAGUCGAGGGAUCCUGGCGAGCCUGACGCCGCAGGAGAUCAAGCGGCAGGAGGUCAUCAAUGAGCUGUUCUACACGGAGCGCGCCCACUUGCGAAUGCUGAAGGUGCUGGACGUCGUGUUCAACCAGAGGCUGAACAGAGACGGCAUCCUUCCACCGGAGGACGUCAGACACAUCUUCGUUAACCUGGAGGAGAUCAUUCAGCUUCAUGUGUUUCUAACUGAGCAAAUGACGGCAAUCAGGAAAAGGAAGGAGACGUCGGUGAUUGGUCAGAUUGGAGAUGACCUCCUGUCAUGGUUCAGUGAAGAGGAGGAGGAGAAGAUUAAAAUACGUGUGGGAACCUUCUGCAGCAACCAGCCCUCUGCCCUGGAGCUCAUCAAGACCAGGCAGAAGAAAGACCAGAGGUUCAACUUAUUCCUGCAGGAGGCUGAGAGCAACCGGCUGUGCCGCAGGCUUCAGCUUAAAGACAUCAUUCCUGUAGAAAUGCAGCGAGUGACCAAAUACCCCCUCUUGCUGGACAACAUUGCCAAGUUCACAGAGGACGCCGAGGAGCGGAAAAAGGUGACGAAAGCUGGAGAAUGCUGCAAAAAGAUCCUCAACCACGUCAACCAGGCCGUGAAGGAAGCUGAGAAUAAACAGAGGCUGGAGGAUUAUCAGAGACGGUUAGACCUGUCAUCGCUCAAACAGAGUGAAAACCCCAUGAUCCUGGAGCUGAAGAAUCUGGAUCUGACCAAGAGCAAGAUGAUACACGAAGGACCGCUCACCUGGAAAAUCAAAGAGAAAACAAUUGAGCUGCACACAAUCCUGCUGGAGGACAUCCUGGUUCUACUGCAGAAACAGGACGAGCGCCUGGUCCUCAGGUUCCACGGCAAAAGUCCGGUCAGCGCUACUGACACCAAGAACAUCUUCAGCCCCAUCAUUAAACUCAACACGGUCUUGGUUCGUCCAGUGGCAACAGACAACAAGUCUUUCUUCGUACUGUCAACGUCAGAAAAUGGGCCUCAGAUCUAUGAGCUGACGGCUCAGACGGUGUCGGACCAGCGAAUGUGGCAGUGUUUGAUCACACAGUCUGCUGAGGCCAAGAAGGCCAAACCUCACAGCCGCGCGGCUCAGUCCGAUUCUGAGCAGGAGGCCAUUGAGAUCAUCAACUGUGGUAUGACUGGGACGACCAAAGAACCUAGCGAGGCUUCAAAUGGAGUGGUGAACUCUACAGGUACAGGUAAGGACGCGCCCCCGUCUCCAGACAUUCAGCACGCACCAUCAAGCAUCAGCUCCUUCGAUGGCAUGAAGUCAGAGGACGAGGAAGAGGAGCCGACGGAGGCGGAGCUGGAGGAUGAAGAGGUGGACGAAGCUGAGCUGGAAGCCUUCCUGGACGGGCAGCUGGCGGAGAGGCACCCCUUCCUGCAGCAGGAGGGCUCGCGGCGGGGCAUCGCCAUCGACAGCCAGGAGCACAACGCCUUCAGCGUCCCCUCCUCCAAAGCGGAGGACGCUCUGCGGAUACUGGCGAUGCUGAAACAAGUCCUCUUCAACCACAUGAUGAAGAGAGAGGCCGAGGAGGACGGGGACGAGGCGGGAGGCAGGAGCGUCACCGAGAGCCUGGGGGGCCGUUCUCCCGCCGGUGACGAGAGCCAGGCGUCUGCAGGUUCACCGCUUUCAGGGGACACGGGCCCGUCUGACUCCAGCCAACGCAACGGUGGGUUAAAGGUCAAAGUUCUGCUUAACAGUGAGCCAGGGGGAGUCAGCGGGUCGGCGUCUGUUCCAGGCGGGUUUGUGGUUCUGGACUUCCCCGUGGGCUCGGAGGACGGCGGCGCUGACGAUGACGGGGGAGAGGGAUGCGACCUGGGGAUCGACAUGAGGAAGCUGCUAUCCUCCUCCUCGCAGCCAGGGGGCGGUGGCCCCAACCUCAGCCGGCAGCUGAUGACCCACCUGCGCCUCCUACAGGCCGACCUGCAGUAUCUGAAGGAGGUGGAGAUGAAAUACAACGAGCUGCGACAAACGCACACUGACAUGGCUACUAACUCCGACGACAACAAUGAUGCCGCCUAGUGAUGAUAAACUGCUCUCGCUGACGUACGAGCCAAAACCGACCCGCUCCUCCCAGGAGACACAGCGGACUCACCUGAGGAUGUUACAAUCCCGUUCUGUUAUAAUAAUAUCCAUAUGCAUAAAUUAUGCUAAACACUGGAUUUUUUUUUAAAGAAAAGGACCUGAUGUCUCACUGAUGAGCGGCAGAGAUGCAUUCAGAAAACAAGCGCAAACAAGACUGACAGUGACCUGAAUGUUUCUCUGAAGAUCACAGUACACUGACACGUUCAGGUACCAGAGCACUGCUGUGAGCUUAAUGUACAUAUUGGCAACACAAGGUCAGAUAUAAACAUAUCCCAACUCGCUGCAUGGUUUCAUAUGACCCGUGUGUGGGGGGUUUUUUUACAACAUGGUGUGAAGUCAACUUUCAUUAUGUGCUUUGUUUUGCUAAUGAUUGUUGUUCUUGCUGAGCUCUGACAACAGUGACUACUCCUCGUCUCCUUGUUCCUGACCUUUAACUUCCUAAGCACUUGAAUGUAGCGUUAUAUGACAUAGAAAUGGAAGAUCUCUAACGCGGAAAGCCUAGAUCACUGCAAAAAGUCUGCGACGCACCAUCUGUCCUCCAGACUCAGUAUUGUCUCCAAAUAUAAGAGAAGGAAUCUGUGCUGUUCAGGUGAACUGCCUUAAACAGCUCCACGAGGACCACGGUUCUGCUCGUUUUCCAAGCGUUCCUGCACGUUCAGCUUCAGAUUGACAGAACACACCUGGUCCGUCUCAUGGGCAGGAGGUAGAGCCAGAACACAAGCAGGACCGUGGCCCAGGACUGGACACCUUACAUUACACACAAUAGACACUGCAGCUUUUCAGGAUGUGUGCACAUAAUAUGUUCUUCUCAUUCAAACGGCUGUUUCAGUGAGGUUUCUGACUAAUCUGAUUGCAGUUUUUACAUCUUUAUAGAGGAAAAUGUUUUGCCUUUAUUCCAAAAUGCAAAGUUUUACUCUUGUGUUUUAGUAUAGUUUUACUCAUUCUCCAUGGAUAUAUAGAGAUAUAUCCAAGAUAUAUCCACCGAUCACAAGACUGCACAGAAUGAUAUUAUGGUUGUAUUUUUUGAUUAAAUAUUAAAAAUACAAAGGACAGACCUAUAAUAAAUAAAAAAUGUAAAGGAAUAUAGUGAAUACUUCUGACUAUA